AUGAAUGAUCAGCCCUAUUCAGUCACAAAAAACAGUACAUCUGGUGAUGGAUAUCAAGCCCUUUUCGAAACAAAACUUGGAACUGCAGAUGAGAAAAAUGGCAUGGAGCAACUUGAAAGUCAACUCAGCAUUGGGGACUUUGUGAAAAUGGAGAGGAUGUUUAAGAAAUAUGAGCUCUCUAAGGUCACCAGUGAUUUUCUUGCAAAAUUCAAUGGCUUCUACUCCAUCCUAAUCCUCUUCAACUUCUUAGCGGCCUUCAAUACGGUGGACCACCCCCUUCUCAUGGAAAAAAGAUCUAACCCUGGCUUUACGGACCUUAUCCUCUCCUGGUUCUUCUCCUAUCUUUCUGGCCAUUCCUUUUCAAUUGCCUUCACUGGCAUCUACUUGGCCCCCAACCCUUCCUCAGGGCCAAACAAACCAGUGUGCAUGACCAGAGAAGAAUUCACGGAGAGAAUGCUGGAUGCUGUAGGCCAUGGCACGAAGGAGAAAUACAGAAAACUGUUUGAUAAAGUAGACACGGCUCGAGAUGAUUACAUUAACUGGGACAAACUAACCUCGUUUAUUCUAUUGGAUCUUUACGAAAAAGAUGAGCAGGCAAAAUUAUCUGUGGUCCCUCAGUGGACAGACCUCAGAUUCCUCCCACUGAUCCACAAAGACACCAUUCAGAAAGUAAUUUUCUUAAAAAGCUUCAAUCGUUACCUGACUAUCAGUAAGGAUGGCUUACUAGGAGUUUGGGGAGAGAAUUUAAAUUUGCAAGAAACUCUUCACAUCUCUAUGGACACUGUCAAGCUUAAGGACCUGUGGGUGACCAGCCUGGUGUCUCUGGAAAAUGUAAACAAGAUAGCCGUGGCUUUUACAAGCAAAGAGAUUUGUUUCUACGAUAUGCUCUCCAAAGAAGGGUUUUCUUGCCAGUAUAAACUACAUGGCUUGAAGGGCACACCCUCCUGCAUGGACUAUUGGUAUAAUCCUCACGAUGCCAAUGAAUCCAUUCUGACCUUUGGGGAUAUAUCUGGACAGGUUCAUGCCAUUUCUUUCACCUCUGCCCUUAUUUCCUUGUUUGAGAGGCCUGCUUCAUCUUCUGAAGAUGAUGAGACAACUAUGACUGUUAAUUGGGAAGAAUUGGUCUCUGGAUAUCACAAAUGCUGCACUACGUUAAAGCACAGAAUUCAUAACAAAGACUGGGUCAGACAAGUUACUUACAAGUCUUCUUUAGAUGCUUUUAUUUCCAGUACAACAAGUAACAUAAACUCAGUUGUUUUGGCACGGAGAGAAAAAUCAAAGAAACGUCUUAAAACUACAUCAUUCAACAUUGCCCAGGGAAUUCAUGGUUUUGAUUAUCAUUCUGGACUCAAUUUAAUUGCAACGGCUGGCAUUAACCAUAGAGUCUGUCUGUGGAAUCCCUAUCUGGUCACUAAACCUGUCGGAAUCCUCCAGGGCCAUUCAGCAAGUGUAAUUGCUGUUCAAUUCAUUGCUGAACGAAAACAACUUUUUAGCUUCUCCCAAGAUAAAGUGUUGAGGCUCUGGGCUAUUAAUCACCAGUUAUCUCUACAGAAGAUAUCUAGUUCUUUCCCAAAGAAUCUGGAAUUCCAAGGCCUUUUCCACUUUGAUGAGCUCCACAGUCGGCUUUUUAUCUCAUUUAAUAAUCAACUAACAUUUUUGGGAAUGAAAACUGAGACCUCUAAAAGGAUGACAAGUCAUGAAAAAGCAGUCACUUGUGUGCUUUACAAUUCUGUCCUCAAGCAGGUAAUCAGCUCGGAUGCAGGAUCUACAGUUACCUUCUGGAUGAUUGACACUGGGCAGAAAAUCAAACAGUUUACUGGUUGCCAUGGCAAUGAGGAAAUCAGUACCAUGGCCUUAGAUGAAAGUGAGACAAAGCUUUUUACUGGAAGCACAGAUGGAACAGUAAAGAUUUGGGACUUCGAUGGACAUUGUCACCAUGUGCUGAAUGUUGGGCAAGAUCAAGACGUGGACAUCUCUCAGAUCCUAGUUCUAAAUCAGGCAGUACUGGUGACAGGCUGGAAGAGGGUAAUUACUAUAUUUCGGCUUCACAGCUUGACUCAGGUUUUCAUUCAACCUGAGGAAUGGAAAGGAGGAAUACAACACCAGGAUGACAUCUUAUGUGCUGCCUUUUUACCACCACAAACUCUAGUCACAGAAUCCCAAGAUCCUGGAGCCCCUAGGCUGGGAGCAAAGACAGGAAUGGAGAGGAGGGAGCUGCAGGCUGCAGUGGGCAGUGAGGGAGGAGGGGAAGGGGCAGCCCUGGGGGUGAAGAAGAUUCAGAAAGAACCUGGAGGACUCAUACAUGAAGGUCCAGAAACAUCUAAAGAGUCCUCCUAUAUGGAGAGGAAUUUGUUCUUCACAUUCUCAGAAAGACAUCUAAUGUCAGCACCCGAACUUGACACAGAGUCCAAUAAUGCUGUUACAAGACUUUCCUUCCUAACCAGAAAGAAUAUUGCAGUGACAGGAGGAGCCAAUCUGGUGUCAUGUGGAGGGGAUGGUUAUGUCAGGUUUUGGAAUAUAUUAACAGAACAGCUGGUGUCUGAAUUCAUGGCUCACAGUGGAGUUGGAGCUAUUAUAAUGGCCAUUGACAAAGCCAGUCGCUAUCUCAUCACGGGGGAUCUUGAUGGAUGUGUAAAAAUCUGGAAUAUCGAGGAGUACUGUAUUCAAUCCAGUAAGAACAAAAUUACUCAGCCACCUACUCUGAUCAGAUCAUAUCAACCUCAUGAAGACCGCAUUAGUUAUCUGGAGACUUGUGAACAAAAUGGUCAUUUGCUGAUUAUCUCGUCUUCUAGCGACUGCAGCAUUUCUAUCAGUGAUGUCUGUGGCUCUCCCAUUGGGAUUUUUGGACAGAAAGAGCACUGGCAAAUUGGAAAGUCUUUACCUAUUCCUAAAAGAGAUGACAAAAUGACGGAAAAUGAAGUGCAACAGGAAAUUGAUGAAGAGUUCAGGAAGGAACUAAUUGCUUCACUUCCUGAGGAAGAUACAUUUUUGGUCACAGCAGAUCAUUCUGUAGCAGAUGAUGAAGAUAAAUAUGUCUCAACAGACUUAAACAAUCUAUGGGACAAUUCAAUGCUAGGUGUAAAAUUCAAAGAGAGAAGUGCUCUCAAGAAAAAGGCACACAUAUUCAACAAUGAAGAAGUUUUACGAAAAUCAUCUAUUGCAUUUAGGUCACUCAGUAUCGGAGCCCUAGAGGAAGUAAUUGAGAUGAAUAAACCUGAUUUUCUGCUCAGCCCUGAGAAAUACUUCAGAGAAAGGACUGAAGAGAAGUGCUCUAGAAGUGUAGAACUUCCCACCCUCUCAGAAACACUGAAAGCUGCAUUUGAUGAGAAAAGCCUGUUCCCCAAAGAAAUCCUGGAUCGUGAACAAAAAGCAAAGCAAUUGUAUCAGCAACCAUGUAGCAAGGGGAAGAUAAAAAAGAGAAACAAGAAGCAAGAAAAAUUGAGAGACAAAUAAAUGUUCCUUUUUCACAAGUUGUAAAUUUGAAGAAGGCCAGCCAGAAAGAAAUGAAGGCACUGACUCUGUAUACGUACUUACUCUGUCUCAUCACUUUUAAACUUGAACAUUCAAAAACUUUAAUUAUCAUCAAAAUAUAUUUUGUAGAGUUUUCAUCUAUUAUCACUUAUUUCUCUAUUUU